AUGGGGCUCUUCACUCGCAACAAGAGAGAUAAAAGAGCCAGCGAAACAGAAUACGACAUCCGAGAGCCUAGAGCAGCACACGCAGAUCAUCCGCGCCCUCCACCAAGCUACCACGGUCCACAUUUCGAGAAAGGACCAGCUCAGGAGGCUAUUUGGAACUCUCGGAGAGAGAACCAUACGGUGACCCCAGAAGAUAUACGGGGUCGCUCUCACUCAUUCCAUGACCCAAUAAGGCAUCAUGAAUAUUCCAGUCCCUACGAAAAGCGACCGGUCCCUUGGACAGCCCGAAUGGAUGAAGAAUAUGCCCACUAUCGUCAACAAUGCAAGUCCAAUGCAGACAACAAACGGAUUUCUAAUGCAGCAAAGGAUGUCAAAGUUGGCAAAAACAUUGUUCCCGAGGCCAGUCAUGGGUCCCAAAUUCGAGAUGGGAUUGAAAAGGCUAGAGCUGGUAUAAUUCAAGCAAACAGGGGUGGGCAGGAGCGUGCAGGCUUCAUGAACAAGUACCCUCGAGCAUAUGGGAGUUCUCAAGCCAUAGAGGAUCAUGAAAAACAGGUAGGGCAGCAGAGGAAGAGCGCAGCAAAUUACCGAAACACUGAAGGAUUCCUGAAAACAAAAUAUCAGCAAUGGGAAUCGAGGAUGAGGGAGACCCGCUAG